CGUCUCCGGACACGCCACGAAACGCGGGGGGAGCUCCUCGUCAGCCGGCAAGCUGAGGUCAAGGGUCAGCGCCGGCUUUAAAGAGCCGCGCGGGCGCUGCGCGCCGGGUACCACCUGCGGCUUCCCGGCCGCCUCCCGGCUCCGCGCUCCUCCCCGGCCGGCCGUGCGCGGGCACUGCGCCCCGGCGCUCCCGCAGCCCUCGGGCAGCUGGGGGCUCUGCGGGGUUCUCAGUGGCCCCAGGACCCCAGGAAAGCUCGAGUAAAAGCAAGAGAACUUCACUAACAAGAUGAAGACCCUGCUAAUUAUAUUUGUCCUAAUAAACCUUUGGACUGAAACACUGACAGAUCAGAGCCCAGGGCCAGGCCCUGAGUACGCCGACGUGGUGUUCCUGGUGGACAGCUCCGACCACCUGGGAGUGAAGUCCUUCCCAUUCCUGAAGACGUUCAUCAGCAAGAUGGUCAGCAGCCUCCCCAUAGAGGCGGACAAGUACCGCGUGGGGCUGGCCCAGUACAGCGACGAGCUCUACGCCGAGUUCCAGCUCAGCGCCUUCAGGAGCCGGGGCCCCAUGCUCAACCACCUCAGGAAGAACUUCGGGUUCCUGGGCGGCUCCCCGCGCCUGGGAAACGCCCUCCGGGAGGCGCACAGGACCUACUUCUCAAACGGAAGGGACAGGAAGCAGUUUCCCCCGAUCCUGGUGGUCCUGGCUUCGGCCGAGUCCGAGGAUGCCGUGGAAGAGGCCGCCGAGGCCCUGCGCAAAGACGGGGUGCGGAUCGUCUCCGUGGGGACGCAGAGUGUGUCCGAGGAGACCCUGAAGGCCAUGGCCACGGCCCAGUUCCACUACCGCCUCCGCACGGUCCGAGACCUCAGCCAGUUUUCCCAGAACAUGACGCAGAUCCUCAAGGAAGCGACUCAGUACACGGAGGGAGCAGCCCACGCUGAAAGCGCAGUUCCCUCUCCCAGGAUGUGUCAGAAAGAUUCCCUUGCUGACCUCAUGUUCCUGGUAGAUGAGUCUCUUGAGACCAGAGAAGAUCUCCAGAACCUGCAGAGCUUCCUGAGGCACAUCUCCUCCUCCAUGGAUGUGAAAGAAAACUGCCUGCGGCUUGGCCUGAUGAGUUACAGUGACAGAGCCCAGACGAUUUCUCUUCUGAAAUCAAGCACAACCCAAUUGGAAUUUCAGAAGCAAAUCGAGAAGCUGUCUCUGCGGGCUGGAAAAUCCAACGCAGGGGUUGCCCUUGAGAAGCUGAGGGCAGAAGGCUUCUCAGCCUCAAAUGGUAGCAGGAGGGCACAGGGAGUGCCUCAGAUUGCAGUCCUGGUCACUCACAGACCAUCCGAUGACCAGGUGCGCGAGGCCGCCCUGACUCUCCGACUGGAGGACACAACUGUGUUUGCCACGGGCAUCCAAGGAGCUAACAAGACCCAAUUAGAAGAAAUAGUGUCUUACCCUCCGGGACAGAUGCUCUCCAUGCUGAAGUCCUACGCAGACUUGGAAACUUACAGUAAGAACUUCCUGAAAAAGCUCCAGAAUGAAAUAUGGUCCCAAAUUUCAACUACUUCUGAACAAGUGGAACUUGAUAAAACUGGCUGUGUGGAUACGAAAGAGGCCGAUCUCUAUUUCCUCAUCGACGGCUCCGGCAGCAUUGAGGACAAACACUUUGAGCAAAUCAAGGCAUUUAUGACGGCAGUGAUAGAUAUGUUUAGCAUCGGCCCAGGCAAAGUCCAAGUUGGCACUGUGCAGUUUUCAGACACGACGGAAGUGGAAUUUAAUAUCAGUGACUAUUCUAAUGAUGUGAAAUUAAAGCAGGCUAUUUCUAACAUCAAGCAACUCAAAGGUGGCACUUUGACUGGGGCAGCACUGGACCUCAUGCUGCAAGUGAUCAGGGAGGACAGGAGACACAGGACCACCAAGGUCCCCUGUUACCUCAUUGUGUUGACUGACGGGAUGUCAAUGGAUGGCGUUGUGGAACCUGCUGAGAGACUACGGGCUGAACACAUCACCAUUCAUGCAGUCGGCAUCGGGGAGGCCAACAAGAUAGAACUACUGCAAAUCGCUGGGCAAGAGGAGAGGGUUAGUUUUGGGCAGAACUUUGAUUCUUUAAAGAGCAUAAAAGACGAGGUUGUUCGCAGCGUCUGCAGUGAGAAAGGAUGUGAAGACAUGAAGGCUGACAUCAUAUUUCUGGUGGAUAGUUCUAGGAGUAUAGGACCUGAAAAUUUUGCAAAAAUGAAAACCUUCAUGAAAAACCUAUUAGCUAAGAUUCAGGUUGGUCCAGACAAAGUCCGGAUUGGUGUCAUCCAGUUCAGUGACUAUAAUAAGGAAGAAUUCCAGCUUGACAAAUACUUCACACAAGGAGAAAUUUCUGACGCCAUAGACAGCAUGUCUCACAUCGACCAGAACACUUUGACUGGAAGUGCACUAACCUUCGUAGCUGAAUACUUCACCGAGCCCAGGGGGGGCCGUCCCACAGUCAGAAAGUUCCUCAUCCUCAUCACAGAUGGAGAAGCCCAAGAUGAAGUCAGAGACCCCGCGAGAGCUCUUCGGGACAAAGGUGUGACCAUCUUCUCCGUGGGGGUAUACGGGGCCGUUAGGUCUCAGCUGGAGGAGAUCAGUGGGGACAGCAGCCUGGUCUUUCACGUUGAGAACUUCGAUGAUCUAAAGGCGAUAGAGAAAAAGCUUGUCUUCCGUGUGUGUGCUCUUCACGAUUGUAAAAGGAUUAAGCUGUUAGACAUCGUGUUUGUGCUGGACCACUCAGGCAGCAUCAGCCACCAAGACCAAGAAAGCAUGAUGAACCUCACCAUCCACCUGGUGAAGAAAUCAGAUGUGGGCCCGGACCGAGUUCAGUUUGGAGUGCUCACGUACUCUGACCAGCCCAAGGUUCUCUUCUACCUCAACACGUACUCGAACAGGUCUGCAGUUGUUGAGCAUCUGAGGAGGCGCCGGGACACCGGCAAGAGCACCUACACCGCCCGGGCCCUGGAGCACGCCGGCAGCCUGUUCACAGAGGAGCAUGGCAGCCGCAUCAAGCAAAACGUGAAGCAGAUGCUGAUCAUCAUCACGGAUGGGGUGUCCCACGACCGAGACCUGCUCGGAGACGUGGCCUCGAAGCUGAGGCGCCAGGGCAUCGUCAUCUAUGCCGUGGGUGUAGGACAGGCCAACCAAGAGGAGCUCGAGAUGAUAGCAGGGGACAGAAAUUACACUGUCCAUGUGAGCGACUUCAACAAGCUGAAGGAUGUCUACCAGCCUCUGCAAGACAGCAUGUGCGCCAACACAGGAGAGGUCUGUCAAAUUCCAAAAGCCGACGUGAUCUUCUUUUGUGAUGGCUCGACCAGGGUGUCCAAUACAGAAUUUGUUACCAUGACAACUUUCUUGUCGGACUUAAUGGAUGAUUUUGACAGUCAGUCUCAAAGAAUGCAAAUUGGGAUGGCUCAGUUUGGGGUCCGCUACCAAGAAAUUAUUGAGUUGCAAAAUUCUCUGACUCCAGCCCAGCGGAAGGCUCAGAUUCAAACCAUCACCAAGAGUGGCGGGCAUCCGAGGAUGGACUUGGCCCUUAAACAAGUGGGUGUUAUGUUUGAGCCAUCUGCUGGGAGCAGAAGAAACGCUGGUGUCCCCCAAAUUUUGGUUGUCAUCACAUCUGGGGACCCCACCUACGAUGUGGCAGCUGCAGCGAAGACCCUGAGAGAAGACGGAAUUUGCAUUCUGGUUUUGGGCAUCAGAGAUGUUCAUAAGGAACAGCUACUGCCGAUAACGGGCAAUUCUCAAAAAAUCAUCACUUUUCAAGACUUUGAUAAGCUGAAGAAGGUGGACGUGAAGAAAAGAAUGGUCCGUGAAAUCUGCCAGAGUUGCGGGAAAACCAACUGCUUUCUGGACGUCGUGGUCGGCUUCGACAUUUCCACACACCUACUGGGGCAGCCGCUGUUCCACGGCCACCCCCGGCUGGAAUCCUACCUCCCAGGCCUUUUAGAGGACAUCUCCUCCAUCGGGGGAGUGAGCUGUGGGGCAGGUGCAGAGGUGCAGGUAAGCAUGGCCUUUAAGGUGAACAGUGAGAAGAGUUUCCCUACCAAGUUCCAAAUCUACCAGAAAACAAUAUGGGAAAACCUCCUGCAAGAAACCGUCUCUGGGCCAACUCACCUGAACGCGCAGUUCCUGCAGUCCAUGUGGGACGUGUUUAAGGAUUCAUCUUCAUCCCGAGGACAGGUGCUACUCAUCUUUUCAGAUGGUCUUCGGGGUGAGAGCAAAGCAGUGCUUGAAGAUCAAUCGGACAGGCUCAGAGAAGCAGGACUUGAUGCUCUGCUGGUGGUCUCCCUAAACACAACUGCCCAUGAUGAGUUUUCCAGCUUUGAGUUUGGAAAAGGAUUUGAUUACAGGACUCCCCUGACCAUUGGCACGAGAGAGCUGGGCAAAAAGUUGUCGCAGUAUCUGGGUUUUCCGGGUCUGAAAGGCAGCAGAGGACACGGGGGAGAGGAUGGAGACCCUGGACCACGAGGAGACACCGGACCCCAGGGAAAUACAGGGAUCGCAGGGUGUCCAGGGGAGCUGGGUCAAAAGGGAGCCAGAGGACUUUCUGGAUAUAAGGGAGAACAUGGGGACGACGGGGUUGAUGGACUCAGCGGGGAAGAGGGCGUGCGUGGAUUUCCCGGCAAUAAGGGAGAAAAAGGGGACCGAGGAUCCCAGGGCAGCCCAGGUUCCAGAGGCACCCCUGGAGGAUAUGGGGAGAAGGGCUUCCCAGGGGAUCCUGGUAAUCCAGGACAGAACAAUAAUAUCAAAGGACAAAAGGGGUCCAAAGGAGAACAAGGAAGGCAGGGUAGAACCGGCCAGAAGGGGACACCAGGCAGCCCCAGUUCCCAAGGAAGCAGGGGACGAGAAGGCCAACGGGGGACCCAGGGUGCCCCGGGACAACCUGGGAACCCUGGACCUCAAGGCGCACUGGGACCCGAAGGAUUACAAGGUCCACAGGGGUUAAAUGGAAUUCCGGGCACGAAAGGCGAGAAGGGGAACCAGGGUCACAAAGGACCUCGGGGCGCCACUGGCCCGGUGGGAGAUAAAGGAAGUGAUGGAAGGCCUGGACCCUUGGGGAAGAAGGGAGAGCCGGGAAUUCCUGGAGACCCGGGGCCAGCAGGGCAAGCCGGACCUCGAGGAAAGCAGGGUGAUUACGGCAUCCCAGGCUACGGUCCUACGGGACAAAAAGGAAUAAAGGGCCCAAGAGGAUUCCCUGGCGAUAUGGGGCAAAAGGGUGAUGUUGGGGACCCUGGAAUUCCUGGGGGGCCCGGACCGAAAGGAUUUAGAGGAUUACCGCUCACUGUAGGUCUGAAAGGUGAAGAGGGUUCUCCAGGACGCCAGGGCCCACCUGGACAGAGAGGCGCUAAAGGCAUGGCUGGGCAGCCCGUGUAUUCUCAGUGUGAUCUGGUUCAAUUCCUGCGGGACCACAGCCCUUGUUGGAAAGAAAAGUGUCCCGUGUACCCAAUGGAGCUGGUAUUUGCCCUGGACCAGUCCUCUGACACCACAGAGCCGAGAUUCAAUGAAACGAGGAACACCAUCACUUCCAUCGUCAGUGACCUCCACAUCCGGGAAAGUAACUGCCCCGUGGGAGCAAGGGUGGCUGUGCUUUCCUACGACUCAGCCACCAGCUAUCUGAUCCGUCCGUCUGACUACCGUAACAAGAAGCACCUCCUUCAACUUCUUUCCCAGAUAAAAUACUCAAAGUCUAGAGAAGUCCGAGACAUCGGGAACGCGAUGAGGUCUGUGGCCCGGAAUGCCUUCAAGCGGACGUCCGCGGGAGCCAGUGUGCAGAGGGUUGCUGUGUUUUUUAGCAACGGACAAGCCGCCAGUAGGUCGUCCAUCAUCACGGCCACCAUGGAGUUCAGUGCCCUGGAGAUCAGCCCGGCAGUCGUUGCUUAUAAUGAGAGGAAUUUCCUUGAUGAGGCUUUUGAGUUUGAUGACACCGGGACCUUCCAGGUGCUCCCUGUGCCUCCAGAUGGGGAAUACGAACCAUUAGAGAGACUGCGGCGCUGUACCCUUUGCUAUGAUAAAUGUUUUCCGAGUGCUUGCAGCAGAGAGAUUUUCUUGCCCGAAGACUCAUACAUGGAUGUAGCCUUCCUCUUAGACAAUUCUCAGAAUAUGGCAAGAGAUGAGUUUAAGGGUGUGAAAACCUUGGUGAGCUCGAUGCUUGACAACUUCUUCAUUGCCUCAGACCCUGUCAUCUCAGACUCUGGUGAUAGAGUUGCUUUGUUGACCUGUUCUCCUUGGGAUAGGAGAAAGAAGGAUGUGGUAAAAACCGAGUUUGAGUUUACAACGUAUGACAGUCAAAUUCUAAUGAAGAGACACAUUCAGACUAACCUCCAGCAGGUACAUGGAGAAGCUACCAUUGGCCAGGCCCUGCUGUGGACCAUGGAGAAUCUCUUCGCAAGAACGCCCAACCUGAGAAAACACAGGAUCAUCUUUGUGAUCUCUACUGGAGAAAAUCGUGAGAGAAAGGAAUUCUUAAAGAAGACAGCUCUGCGGGCCAAGUGUCAGGGAUAUGUCAUAUUUGUGGUUUCCCUGGGGUCAACCCAUAGGGCGGACAUGGAGGAGCUAGCCAGCCACCCACUGGAUCACCAUCUGAUACAACUCGGGAGAGUUCAUAAACCGAAUCUGGAUUACAUCGUGAAGUUUUUAAAGCCAUUUAUGUACUCAGUUCGACGAGGAUUCAAUCAGUACCCACCAGCGAUGCUCGAGGACGCCUGCAGACUCCUCAGCUCAGAAGGAGAGGAGAUCGAAGACGUGCGUCUCCUGUUUUCUUCUGAGCAUCGUGAGGUUUCUUCAGGAGAAAACAGCUUCAUUGGUCAGGAAUUAAGUGCUGGAAGAGACUCAUCUUUUGUGUUGAGGGACAGUGGGAGUGACCAUUUGGUUCAUAUUCCAAGCCACAUGUUUAUGCCACCGAAAUUAAUGACUAAGUAUGAAAAAGAUCAGGAUUCUGGAGAAAUUGCAAGUCUCACUUUGGGACAUGAAAACCAUGGCAGAAAAGAAGAACCAGGUCUUGCUUAUGAACCUAGCGCUGCCUCUCUUCAAGAAUAUUACAUGGAUGUGGCCUUCCUCAUAGAUGCUUCCCAAAGAGUAGGAAAGGAUGAGUUUAAGGAAGUGAAAGCGUUUGUAACCUCGGUGCUUGAUUACUUCCACGUGGCCCCAGACCCACUGAUCUCCAUGCUGGGAGACAGGGUAGCAGUCCUGACCUACUCUCCUCCAGGCUACAUGCCCAACACUGAAGAAUGCCCCGUCUACCUGGAAUUCGAUUUGGUCACUUACAACAGUAGACACCAAAUGAAACGGCAUCUCCAAGACUCUCUCCAGCAGCUCAAUGGAGAUGCUUUUAUUGGCCAGGCCCUGCAGUGGACAGUGGACAAUGUUUUUGUAGGAACCCCCAACCUCAGGAAAAACAAAGUGAUCUUUGUCAUAUCUGCUGGUGAAACCAACCCUUUAGACAAGGAAGUUUUAAGAAAUGUGUCUCUCAGUGCCAAGUGUCAGGGCUACUCCAUAUUUGUGUUUUCCUUUGGUCCUGUGCACAACGACAGGGAGCUAGAAGAAUUAGCCAGCCACCCACUGGAUCAUCACUUGGUCCAGCUCGGCCGAUCCCACAAGCCAGAUUUGGACUAUAUCGUCAAAUUUGUCAAGCCGUUUGUUCACUCAAUCAGACGCGCCAUCAACGCAUAUCCCCCUGCAGAUCUGAGACCCCGGUGUGUUAACGUCACUGCUCCCCACCCAGAGGAUGAUGGCACAGAAAACACUGUGUUCCUCAUUCCUGAGGUGUAUGAAAUAGAGACGGAGCACGGGGAGCCUUUGGGUGAAUUCAGGUCCCAGCAGCAGCAGCAGCAGCUCUCUGAAUUAGGGGACAGUCGUAGGAACGGUUCUGGGACCAGCACUGAUCUGAUCCAGAGGUGGUACCUGCUUUUAUCUCCUGGGGAGCUGAUCAUGAAAGACAAGGACAAGGCACAUUCAGAAGAACUCACAGCUGCAGCAGACGACAGACAGCAAGAUAAAAAAGAUGCUGAGGACACAAGAUGAUCAGAGCAGGAAAGAAUGUAGCUCCACUGGCGUGUGCAAUUCCACGUGGCUCUCACCAGAAAGUUUAAAUCAUCGAUUAGAGGUAGAGUGGUAAGUGGCAGCAAUUUUUCAUGAAAACAGUUGGCUAAUAACAUGCCAAUUUGUUCUGUUUUGAAUUUGAAGGAAAGACUUUCCUGAGUGAGGACUUCAGUGAGCAGACCCAAGAAACUAGGAAUGAUUUUAUUUCCUCCAAGAAUUGGGACAAUGGACCGUGAAGGAUUAACUGAAUCAUUUCUUUGACAACUCUGUACCGGGCAUCAGUGGUGAUGAUGUAUCUGACUAAAGCAUAUAUUUGCCCUAAUUUUCAUCACAUCUGUAUCUCAAAUUGGACUCGAGUAGAAGGCACUCAGGUUCAGCAUCUCCUAAGAAUGUCUUCAGUCUAUUCAGAGAAAUAGAAAGCCACGCCCAUGUCUUAUUUCCAGUGUGACCCUAAUGGUGCAUUUAAAACCGAUUGCUCUGUAAACCCCCCGUCAGGCUACUAACAUUAUAGUCAAUGCCCGCUCUUCACAGGAUGUUUACAAAAGAAUGGAAUUUGUAAGAAAGGAAAAAGGAGACAAGGCUCAUUUUAUGCACUGCUGCUUUGUGCUGUGAUCGUCUGUUUUAGCAUGCUUUGCUUUGCGGGUGUUUGAUUUUGCUGCAACCGAAACAAAACGUAUGGAAAAGCAUGAACAUACGACCAGAACUGUUCCUGGGAAUUAGCAAGAGACGAGUUCUACAAUAAAGGCAAGCCUGAGCUGGG